AGCGAGAAGAAUUAGGUAGUGGAAGUAAACCAAUCGCGCAUUCGCUUAGCGCUCCAAGUAAAAAUCACGAGGACCUCAGUUCAGUAGGUACACCUACACAUAAAAACAAAACGUUUGGUAUCUUACGUUCGCGAUUUGUUUAUUAAUAUACCUUUAUUCAUUUAUAACGAAUACCUACAAUUUACUUAUACAGAGGAUAUUAAAAUAAUUUUGAAUAAUUCGUUCUUUUUUUUUUUUCUAUUUUGUAAAUGUACUUAAAUAAAUACAACUCUGCAUUUCGAUUCAAUUAACAGUAUUUUUAAGGUGUACUAUUUUUUGUAAUAUACUUACAUGGCGUUCAGUAAGAAGAAUGAUGAAUGUAUCGGAUUGUUAAAAUGUAAAGAUGGAAACACUACUCACACGAAAUACGGGUAAAUACCUAUUUAUUUAUAAAUUAUAAUUAACUACCAAUCUAUUUUAUAAUUAAUCAAUUACGUCAUCAGUCUUUCGAAUGAAUAAACAGGUAUACUGAAACGUAUAUUUACAUUUAUAUAGAAAAUAUCGGAAUCUGAUAUUAAUAUUUGAUUAUAUUUAUAAUUUAUAAACCUAUAUGUUCCUAUAUUUUUCGUUUUUUUUUUUUUAUGACUAUUCAUUAGUGUGCGUACGGGGGACGCUUAGCACUUCUAAAUAUAAAAUUAGCAACCCCCAGAUUUUGAGCUAAAUAAAAUAAAUAUAAUACCUAAUCAAAUAGUACUAUAGUACUAUGUAUCUAUAGGUAUACAUAAUUAAUAAUUUAUAUUAUAUUAUUAUGUAAAUUUAUGUUAAUUGUUUUCAUAUUUUUGAGGAGGUACCUAUCCCUUGUUGGUUAUUUAUUAAACAAUGAAAGAUCCAUUAUUGAACUUAAUUUAAAUUUUUUUUAUUUAAUGUGCAUGUAAUAUAUAACUAUUUCGAAAUGUCGAAUAGAUUGAGGAGGGGCAAAGCCCCCCCCCGUGAUACCCUAAUUUAAAUAAUUUUAACACUCCCAAGUUUUAGAUGCCAAUGAGUACAGUUUUAAAUACCAUUUAAAGUCAUUAAAUUUGGAUUUAUAUUUUCAUAUAUAGGUAAAUAAAAAAUUAAUUACCUACCAAUUAUAUUAUUUAUACAAUAUUAUUUUAAAUACAAUAGAUAUCUAUGUAUUACAUUUUGUUUUGUAAUUUUAAAUUUGGCGUGAUUCCAAUUUAGUAUACCUAGCUAGCGGUUUUUUUUUUUGUCAAAAUGUAAGCUUUUGUGCACACAUUACUAAAAACAUUAAAAAAAGCCGGAUAAACUUCGUUUGGAAGUUAUGGGAGAAAAUUUCGAAAAGUUAAGGUUUCCUGUUGCGCGUUGGUUUUUGGUUAGAACUUAAUGUUUUAUUCAAAAAAUGUGUUGUUAAAAAUUUGCAGUUUUUAAUGCUUAAUCCACUAGUAUUAUCGAAGGUAUUUAAAUUUUUUUUUUAUAUUAAACUCGAAAAAAGUAACAUUUAUUCAACGCUGAUUCAACGUCCUUUUUUAGUUUUUCUCCUGUUAUCUGAUAAAAAAUCGGCGUUUAUUUUCAAUUUAAAGGCCGACAAGAGGUUUAGAUUUACAUUCACAAAACUAUCUUAUUUUCAGCAGAAUCCGGUGAGAAAUUUAAGUUAGAUAAGCUGUUAUCGAAAGUCGAAGAAGGCUGACAUUGUCACUUUAUUUGGUGAGCGAAGCCGGCCUGUAGGUGUAGUCAGCCACACACGCACCUCUGUAAUUUCUUUAAUAAUGUAAAUUUUCGGCUAUCAAACAAAUAUUGAAUUAAUUUAAAAAAUGCUAUUUUUCAAGGUUUACAUGCAAAAAUUCAUGUAGCCAUGUAGGUAAACAUUACUAACUAUACAUUUUAAAAAUAUUAAAUCCUAAUAAAAAAAAUGGUCUUAGAAAUUAAUGAACGAAACCCGAACAUUUUGAAGUUUUCUUCAAUAUUAACCAAACAUUGAACCUUUCAAUAUUUGUAUAAUACUUUAUAGUAAAACCAAUGCAUUCCUUGCUGUACUUAGAAACUAAAAAAAUAAAAAAAACUACAAUAAUUGUUCGUAUUUGACCCGGACAGUAAGUUCUCAAUAGAUAUUAAAGACUUAUAAAUGAAAUUAAUAAAUAAUAUCUCUAUUAGUAUAUUUACUAUUUAUAUAGUGACAUAAUGUAACAUAAUUGAUGUUCCUAAGAUUUUAAAAUUUAUUUCAUAUGUCAUUCGUGAGACUAGAGUUAUUUAUUAUUUUUUUCGUUUUCAAUAUUAGGCUCUAUUUAGUCACUAUUUUAUAACAGUUUUUAAAAUAAUUAAUUUUAAGCUAUACUUAUGCUGGGAGUACUGAUACAGAAGCGAUUAUAGACAAUUUCCUAGGGAGGGGUUGAAAAUAUGCUUAAACUGUUUAGGAGGCUUAAGAAAGUUUCGGGAUAUUUAUUUCAGUUUACCUUUUGUUUUUAUUUUUGCCCUUUUUUGGAUGAUAAAUGUGUAAACAAUUAGGUAUGGUUAACAUAAAAAUUCUUUAAUACUUGCCCAGUAAACAAGUAAAUAGUGAAAUUAUUUAGCAUUAUGAUUUUCAUUUGUGCUAUUUCAUGAAUUUUUGAAUAAAAUAAAUAAUACAAAUAUGUUAGAAAUUAUUUUAUCGUAGAAAAAUAAUCUGAAAACAUGAGAUUAAUGGUCAAUGGAUAACAUGUAAUAGUUCUGGUAUAAUUAAUUCUAUAAAAAUCUAUUGUCUGUAUAUAUUUUUUUUUAUAUCAAUGAAGAUGACUUCCUUAACCUAUCAAGAUAAAAGCUAUUAUUAUUUUGGUGUAUUUGACUAUUAUAUAAUAUAUUUGAUACAUCUGCUAUUAGCAUUCAGAUAUAAACACAUUUACUGAUUAAUUAUUUUUGUCGUAUGUUUGUAACCAAAAAAUAAAUAUUAAAAUAUUUAUGGUCGUAACUUGUAAGUACCUAAUUUUUUCUUAGUAAUUCACUAACACUACCAGAUAUUGCAAGAACGGCCGUUAAUCUGUUAUCUCUUUCUAAUAGAUAAGUAUUAUUAUAUGCUGUCAGUACAAUAAUGUGUGUCAUUAUCCGUAGUUUUUCAACGAAAAUGAGUUUUAGAUUUAAUACUUAAACUAUAAUAUAAUAAUAUGAACAUAGUUUUUAUAGGAAAAAGUUAAGAUAAAACAACAAAGAAUAUCUAUCAAACAUUAAAAUAUUUAUACUAAUAUCUACCUUCUCAGAUAUUGUUUUAUUUACUUAGUAAAUAGGUAAAAUAAGUAAAAAUUUUAAAAAUUGACAAGUUUAAAUGCAAAUGGCAGUAUAUUAUUCGUCAGUUAUCAAUUGUUAAAAUUUCAUUUGAAAAUACUGAAUACACUUAUUUACUAUGAUUUAUUGACUAUAAAGAUAUUUAAAACUACCCAUUUAUUUUUGCCCAGAACAUUUUAAUUCUUACGUAAGCCAACUCUAAUCGUGUUUCCUAUCAUAUAUCAUAUAAUAUUAAUUUAGUUGACAAAAUAGUUUAUAAUUUAGUUUGUAGAAAUAAUUGUAUACUAUGUGUUAGGUGCAUUUAUUUAUUUCACUAUUGUUGUUAUAGGACUUUGCGAAAAAAUGAAGAGAAAAAAAAUUCUAUUAGUGGCUUGGUAAGUAUAAUAAUGGUGUUUUUAAAAUUAUUUUCUGACUAUAUAAUACGUUAUUUUAAUAAUAUGUUAACUAAUAUUUUCUUUAUGAAGAAGCUCGUAGCUAUUUAUACAAAAUCGUAUGUACCAUACCUACAAUAAUAUAUUCUAUAGGUACUAUAAAUAGUUACGUGGGUAAAACAACUAAUAACAGGUUUUAAUGGAAUUUGAAGGAAGUGGUUUGUUAUAUAAUCACAGCGACAAUAUUGUUAGUUGUUACCUACUAGUGAACAUAUAAUAUAUAACAUUGACCUUAGCAAAAUAUAUUAUUACAGACAUUACAUUCUUUUACUUCUUAAGAUGGGAUGUUGAGAAGAAAUGUGUACGGAAUUUUGUAUACACACCGGAUAGUUACACAGAUUACAGAAUGAUCAAUUCUCGUUAAGACACUAUCAUAUUAUACAAUAGCACACUAAUAUUAUCAGUACAGUAUUAUCAUUAUUAUUACUGAAUAAAUGGUUUUUGAUGAAAUUAAAUUUUAAUUCAUCGUGUGGUAUAAGAUAUUAAGUUGUUGAAUGUAAAACUUGAUUUAAUAAAAUGUACCUAGUGAAGAAAGACAUUUUGAGAGAUUUUUGACCCCCUACCUCCCUCUCUCUGUGUGUGCUAUUGACUUUGCCUUUGAAAUUAUUAAUUUAUUCGAAAUUUUGUUAUUAAAAAAUCUUAGAAAUAAGCAAUUCUGAAAAGUUAUGUUUUUCAUCCUUAUUUUAGAUUCUGAGUGGAGCGAGGAAUGUAUUAGUUUUAUAAAGAUAUGUGAAUUCAUUUUUUUUUUUUUUUCUGUGGACAACUUUUCUACCAGUAAUUUUUCUCCAAUUUAAAAUGAUAACACUUAUUUUGAAAGGAAAUCUGAUUGAAGUGGUACUUUAGAAAGGUAACUUUUUGAUUUUCCUAGAAGUUUUCAAAAAAAAUAAACGAAAAACCGGGAAAAUUAGUAAAAUAUUAAACGAAUACUAAAUGGCGUUAUACCCGUAUCUACUGUCUCAGUCCAACUUCCAGGUAACAUGCAACAAUGCUUACGCAGAAUAAGUCAAACUAGCUUAAUUUUAAUUUUAAAGUCAAAAUAUCUAUUAUGAAAUUUAUAGAGAAGAAUAUUUCGGAGGGAAUGUCAUCGGGUUUUUGUAUAUUUCAAAACAUACAACUCAAUAUAAAAGAUACAAAAACCUGUUUUUUUUCUUUUUUUACAUAACUGUAACUUAUUUAAUAGUUCACAAUUCAAAAAACACCUAUAUAAAUUCUUCUAAAAUGUUAUUUUCUAUACAUUUCAUAAUAGGUACUUUUACUCUAAAAUCAAAAUUAGGCUAGUUUGACUUGUUCUGCGUAAGCAUUGUUGCAUGUUACCCGGUAGUUAGACUGAGACAGUAGAUACAAGUAUAACGUCCUCUUAAAGAAAAUAUAUAAUGCUUAUGUAAUUAUUUGACCAUAUUAUGACAUACAUACAUAUUGUUGACAAAGGAACACUAUCAACCGAACUCCACUCAGAAUCGUUUUUUCGUCGGCUUUUUAUAGAUAACACAACCACUACCUACUUUUGAUCAUCAAAUAACAACCUGUCUGUAUUAACAAUUCCAUAAAUAGGUAUAUGAACUUCUAUUUUAAAUACAAUUUGGUUAUAAAAUAUUAAAGUAAAAACAAAAUUAUUAAAAUGCUUAAUACAUCUUGAGAUCUCUGAGAGAUCUCUGAAAAACAUCGGUGGCUGCGGCCUAAAACAAAAAUCAAAACACGCUUAUUAUAUAAUUUAUGAUUUGUACUUUGUAGUAUACGUACUGCUAUAGAAUCUAUAGGAUUAUUAAAUAAUUAGAAUUUAUAAUAUUCUACGUAUUAUCCAUUUUUAAUAACCAUAUAAGUGAGUUUUUAAAAAUUAAUCGAGUUACAAAAUAUGUAUACUUUUUACUUUUCUUACUUUCUUAAACAGGUAACUAGGUACCUAAUAAAUUGUUAUUAUUAUCUACGUUCCUACCAUAAUCUAUAUACAAAAAAUCGUAUUCAAAAUAUUUGUACGGGUUCGUUCAAAUUCCGGCCCAACAAAUACGUCUAAUAUUACCCACUGCUUAAAACAGAAAUCAUUCAACCAUAACAUCGGUUGCCUGUAUUCUGGAGUAACAAGUUAUAAACAGUUAUAAUAAAAUAUCGGCCCAUAUGUCGGGGGUGGAACUUGAUACAAAAUAUUAUGUUUGCCUGAUUUAAUUGUUAUUAUAGUUGUUUAAUGAUCCUUAUAUCAUUCGGUUAUUCGGUACUUAUUUAUAUUCUCAUAAUUACAUAGUCUGGUUUGAAUGGCUAGCGUAAUAAGUACUUAUUAUUAGGGCACGGAAAUUAUUAGAAGUAAAUUUAGGCGAACUAUGCAAAUACCUAAGUACAAACAAAUUGAAAAAAAAAUCAUAUUUAUUGUAGGUAAAAUAUUAAAAAUUAAUUUUAAAACAGAAUAAUGGAAUUAUAAAAACAAUGUUUGAUGGAAUAAGUUUGUUCGCCAUAUCAUAUUAUUAUGUAAUAUUGACAGUAAUAUAAUUUACUGUCGAUCAUGAACUAAGAUGAUCACUCAAUUAAGAUAUCAUCUUGGUUCAUGUUGUCGAUUAACAAUAUGAUUACUCUAAAUUGAUUGUGUUAUCGUAUUGUUAAACUCGCGUAGCAACAUAAAAGUAAAAUUAUCGGGAAAUUCCAAGAACACAUUUUGCGUUCAAUAUUAUUAUAUUAAAUAUUACUGAUAAUAUACCGUGGAGCUGACGGUAUUUUCGGUAUACCGGUGAUUUAAAAUUCCGGUAGUCGGAAAUACCGACAAACCGAUAAUUACCGUAGUUUCACCCAAAAUUAAAGGUGACAAAAAAAAAAAAAAAAAACAUAAAUAUAAAAUUGUAGAUCGGCUUGUUUUUAAAAUAUUCUAGAAAACGAAUUCCCGAAAAAGUAUAUGCUUUUCAUAAUAACGAGUGUCUUACGUACGAUAUUAUGAUCGCUCUGUACAAAAUUUCAUAGACAUACGCACCCAUACCCACCAGAGCCAUGUUGUGUACUCGUGUCCUGUGUUGUGCAUCUUAGGCGAGUUUAUAAGAUAAUCGACCGAUCCGUGGUCGGUUAUCAGUCAUACACUCAGCUUAAGAAUCGGAUAAACGUUUUUUUUUUUUCUACGUUGGUGAGAACGGCUCUUAGUCCGCGUUACGCAUUAGGUAUUUAGAAAUACCGUUAAACUAUAAUAUAUUCGGUGAAUACCGUGUGACCGGGCAAUCCCGUAUAGUUGGUGGGCAAGAAAAGUUCCAAUGUGUUAUUUAGGCGUCUACGUAAUAAACCUAUCUCAUUAACAAAUGGAUGGAUGUUAAUUAACACGACAUGUUCGACGAGGAUAGAUUUAAAUUGGCAUAGCUAUUACCUAAUUAUUAGGCGAAACGAUAGUGUCUAUUGAAAAUACGGUAUUUACCGAACGACGGUAUAUUUUAUCGAAAUACACGGUAUUUAUCGAAAAGACGGUGUGCCGAGAAAAAAACCGGUAUGUAAACACAUGCCGGUACCCAAUACCCGUGACUGGCGAGCCGAUUCUGCAUGCCGUCAGCUACAUAUUAGAUAUUGAUGGUUCAAGACCAAUAAAAAAGUCGAUUUCCGCGUGUCCGUAGUUACGCACUCGGGACGUGUAAUCGGGCGCGUAACGGAAUCUCAUGCGCGGGCGAGUUUACCCGAAUCUGAAAUACAUUACAAUCGGCAUGAUUUUUUUUUUUUCGGGGCGGUGGUAAUUUGUUGGGUAAACGUCGUGAAAAGAGCUUGUAUUUUAUUCUUCGCGGACAUCACCCGGUCAUCCGGGAACGGGUCCGUUCCGUCCAAGUGAGAAUAGAUGCAUUUAAAACGAAUGUCAACGAUAAUUAUUAUUUUUGACGGCCCGUACUUACGUAACGGACAUGUGAAAACAGACCUUAAUAAAGUUUAUUAAUGAGAACGGACAAGAAAAAAAAAAAAAAUUACCUACUAUAUUUACUUACCAGUGUUUGGGCAGAGACUGUGUUAAAGUGAAGAACAACGAUUGUAUAGGCGGAUUGAAUUAUGAUUAAGUUUCAUUCGCCAUUUAAUUCAUGUACCCACCAUUCUGACAUUGAAUUUAGAUGAGCUUGCAAAUUAAUCGAAAUAUUUGAUAUCAAUGCAUUGAUAGGAUAAGGCACUUUGUCAUAGUAGGCAACAAGAGUACCAAUUGUGUGUUGUGGGCUGAUCAGAUGCAUAAAUGUUGAAUAUUGUACAGGUGAAAAAAUACCUCAUUUAGGUACUCUGGCAUUAGUUGUACCUACCUAUCUGUAUCUGCAGAUACCAUGUGUGGUCGAAGAUUCAUAACGUGUAUAUGAAAGUGGUGAUCUAUAAAGUACCUAGUAAUUAAAAGGAAAAUGGUUGAAAUGUCUUUAUAUUACAUUCUAUCAAAUGCUUGAGAUAGUCUCAUUAACCCUGCAUUAAUUUAAAAUCAUAAAACAUUCUUUAACAAAGAAAUAUAAAUUAUCAAAUCCUUUUUAAAUAAUAAUUUUUUUUCGAUUUAUGAAAAUAUAAUGUAAUUAUUUAUCAUGUUUUAAAUAAAAAAUAUAAUUUUGACAGUUGACAUAUUUGUAUCAUAAAUCAUAUAUAGGUACUUAAAGCAAUCAAAGCUAAAUUUAAAUUUAAUUUUCGAGUUUAUAUUUAAUGAUUUUGUUGGUGUACUUAACUUUAUCUAAUUUUUGUCAACAAUUAAAUUUUAUCUAUGUUUUUAAUAAAUAAAACUAACGCUUACUUUAAAAUAUUAUUAGGCAUUUAGAUAGGUACCUUCCUAUGUUUAUUUUUACCAUCAAUAAACAUUUUAUAUAGUGAAAUACCUAUAUUUAUGUCUUCAGAUUCAACAAAUUCUUGAGAACUAUUACCUAUCUAUUCAAUUAAGUUUUCUCAACAAAUAAUUAUAUUUAACAUAAGUAAUCAUAUAUAGUUACAAUUUAUAUUUUCUAGUUCCGAUAUGCCAGCAGAGCUGAUGUGGCACUUAUGUUCAUUGGUAUUGUAUGCUCUGCUAUUCAUGGAUCAAGUUUUCCAGUGUUGGCAUUGGUAUUUGGCCAAAUGACCAAUACUUUUAUCAAACAAUCAAUGGUAUGUACAGGACCGGAUUAAAACAUACAAUGUGUUGUAGCACCCUUAGGCUGUAAACAAAUAAGUGCCCCAUUUUUCAUUUCAUAUGAGUAUAAUAUUUAUAAGUUUUCACUUUUCAGUGAUGGACUAUGGACUAUGCAUCCAUGAAAUUUUGCAAGUUCUGAGUUUGUGUUCAUAGUAGUAAAUAAGAAAUAAAUAAUUAAAAUUAUUUAAACUACAUUUUUACUUAUUAACUGUAGUUUGUACUUAUGAUGAAAUAAAAAUGAAAAUAUUAAAAAAUACUUAAAUUUCAAAAUGUAACGUGUAACUACAAUACUAAUGGUUUUCGUUAAUUUAUUUUUGGACUAUUGUUUCUACAAUUUUGAAAUACACAGGUUUAAAUAAAAAUGUACUAAGGAUUAUUUAAAAAUAAAGGUAGUUUAGAACUAUUUAUUUAUAGCAAUAGGUACUCAAUUACUGGCAAUGUACAUAUUACCUACAUUAAAGCAAAGUAUUUUGUCAAUAUAUAUUAUUAAUAUUUAUCAUUAGGUUUCUUCUACUCACAAUAUUCCCGAAUUGACAACGCAGAAUCUAUUAAACUCAAGUGAUACAACAACAAAUUCACCCUUAAAUGAUAAAACUUCUUCACUUGGCGCUUUUUUUAUGUCAGAAAUGGAAAGAUUGACUACUGCUCAAACAAUCACGGGAACUGAUUUAGGGUGAGUUGUAAAGAUUAUAUUGAAAAACGUUUUUAAUACAUAUUUUAAUCUAGGCUAACAACGAUGAAUCCUAAUUACUCGUCUAAUAAUGAUGCAUUAAGUCCUGAAGAAUUUUAUAAUUAUAUGACUAAGUUUUCUUUGUAUUACCUAUACAUUGGAAUUGGAGUAUUAAUUGCUGCAUUUAUACAAGUAAAAUAUUAAAUUAAAAAAUUACUGAAAUUUUAAAAUAAUAGGUGAUAUAAUUUUUUUUAAGACAUAUUGCUGGGAAAUAGCAUGUGAAAGACAAGUACAUCGGUUGCGUAAAGUAUUUUAUCGUCAAAUACUCAGACAGGAAAUUAGUUGGUAUGAUUUGAGUGACAGUGGAGAUUUUACUACAAAGCUGUCAGAGUAUGGAAUUAUUUUUAUGUUAAAAAUUAUUUAUUUAAUAUUAAACAAUUUUUAUAAUGAUUUAUUUUGUUUUAUUAGUGACUUGGAAAGAAUUCGUGAAGGUAUUGGCAGUAAAUUUAGUAUGGUUACACAAUACGUAAGCACCUUCUUUACGGGUCUGAUUGUUGGACUUUGUGUCAAUUGGAGAUUGACUUUAAUCAUACUUUGUGUUGCACCAGUGUUGAUUGCAGUAUCAGGAGCUCUUUCCUCAGUAAUUUAUUAAAAUAAAAAUAAAUAAAAUAAUGUUGCUAAAAUUAAUCUUAUAAUCAUUGUAGAUUUCAGCAAAUACAGCAGCUAGAGAGCAAGCUAAAUAUGCUUUAGCUGGAGGUAUAGCUGAAGAAGUCUUGUCAAAUAUUCGAACUAUAGCUGCAUUUGGAGGAGAACUCAAAGAAUCUAAAAGGUAAUAGGUCUGAUUGCAUAUUUAAAACAAAAUAUUUGUACACACAUUUGAAACAAAUUAUGAAUUAAUAUUAUAUAGAUAUAAAUUAGCUAUAGAUGAAGGUCGAAAAUUAGCUAUGAAAAAAUAUUAUGUGUUUUCAUUUAUGUUGGGCUCUGUGUUUGUAAUAAUGUAUUCAGCAUAUGGAAUAGCAUUCUGGUAUGGAUCAAAUUUAAUUGUAGAAGGAAUUUCAUCACCUGGAAGCAUAUUCACAGUAAAUUAAAAAUUAAUCAUUAAUAUUAUCAUAAUAAUAAUUUAUUAUUAUGAUUAAUGUACCAUAGGUGUUCUUUAGUGUAAUGGCUGGAGCAUUUUCUGUAGGUAAUGCUUUACCAUUUAUAAAUUCAGUGAGUAUAGCUAUUGGUGCAGCAUCAACUAUAUUUGAUAUAAUUGAUAGUAAACCUAAAAUUGAUCCUUAUUCGUCACAAGGCAAGAAAAUUAAAAAAAUUCAAGGAAAAGUUGAAUUUAAAAAUGUAAACUUUACAUAUCCAACUAGAAACACUGUAUCAGUAAGUUAUAAAAUAUUAAUUGUAUUAAGUAAUAAGUUAUUUUUUAAUUGUAUUUAUAGGUUCUAAAUAACUUAUCACUGACAAUUGAACCCGGGCAAACUAUUGCAUUGGUAGGUUCUAGUGGAGGUGGUAAAAGUACAAUUGGGAAUUUAUUAUUACGUUUUUACGAUCCAACCGAAGGUCAAGUAAGCCAAAUUAAUUCAUAAUUUGUAUGACUUAUAAAAUAUUAUAAUAAAACUAAAAAUAAUUAAAUAUUUAUUUUAGAUUCUGUUGGAUAACUUUGAUAUUAAAGAUUUAAAUUUACAUUGGUUCCGUUCCAAUAUUGGAAUUGUGUCUCAAGAACCAAUAUUAUUUGGUGUUUCUAUUGCUGAAAAUAUCAGAUAUGGACAAUCAGAUUGUACCCAACAAGAUAUUAUUGCUGCUGCUAUGACAGCAAAUGCUCAUAGUUUCAUCAUUAAAUUACCUAAGGUUGAUAAGAAAUAUCAUUUAAAAGUUCAGAACUAAUUAUAAAACUUGUAUAGGGCUAUGAUACAUUAGUAGGAGAAAAAGGUUCUCAACUUUCUGGUGGUCAAAAACAAAGAAUUGCCAUAGCAAGAGCUUUGGUUAAAGAUCCAAAAUUAUUAUUAUUAGAUGAAGCUACUUCAGCAUUAGAUGCACAAAGUGAGGGAAUUGUACAAGACGCUUUAGAAAAGGCACAACAAGAUAGAACCACUAUUAUUAUUGCACAUAGACUAUCUACAAUAAGAAAUGUUGAUACUAUUUAUGUUUUACAAGUAAUAUUAUAGAUGUUUAAUGUAAUUUUAUGAUCCAAGUUUUUUUAUUUUAUUUUUUUUUAAAUAGAAUGGAAGCAUUGUGGAGUCUGGAACACAUGAUAUCUUAAUGGAAAAGAAUGGUUUCUAUUCAAAUUUAUUUAAUGCUCAAAUGAAACAUGAAAAUGAUGAAGACAACGAAGAUUACUUAUUUGAAUCUGAUGAAGAAAUAACGAAGUACGACAAAGACGAUAAACUCAUGUCUAUAAAACGACAAACUAGUAUAAAAGUAAAAAAGAAUAAUUAUUAUAGAAUGAUAUGUAUUUAAGUUAUUUUUAUUUGAUUUUAUUCAGAGUCCAGAACUUGAACCUCAUUAUGAAAUUGAAGAUGUUGAAUCUGAUGAAAAUACCGAGUAUAUAAUAAUAAUGAAUAAUAUUUUUCUUUAAUUUCAUUUUUACAAAUAUUUUUAGUAGUUUAAUUUAAACUAUUUUAUUUUAAGUGUUCAAACUGUAAUUGAAGAAGAUGGGACAGAAGUAACAACAAUAACGACAACAAAAAAGAUAUCUGUAAUAGAAAAGAAUAUCGAGCCUGAAAAAGUAUUCACAGAUAGUUUCAUCACUGAAAAUUCUGAUGGAAAUCUAGUAAAUAUUACUAGAAAAGUAUCUUCAAGUAAAGUGAAACGAAUUAUCUUCUCUGAUCAAGUAAUUUUUAUUGAUGUGUGUAAUUAAAUGUCAGCAUCUAAAAAUACUAUUCAAACGUUUAGGACAGCACAGAUAGCGAACUAGAUAAAUCAUCUAGUUACCGUCCAAGGAGUUUGAGAGGAAGAGCUUUAAUAAGUCAAUUAAGUCAACCUGAUGAUUAUUCUCAGUAAUUAUAUACUACAUUAUAUAUCAUUUCUAAAUUGAUAAUAGUUGUAUAAACUAUUGUGUUUUGGUUAUAUUAGAUGGGAAACUUCAGAUAUAGAAAGUUAUAUUGGAUUUAAUCAAUCAUCAAAAAUUGAUAUAUCUUCUAGAAAGGGUUAUCAAUUUAUAAAUGGGGAAAAUGAUCUGGUAAGAUAUUAUCUGUAUUAGUUUAUUAUACUCUUGUGUUAUACAAUUAGCUUAUAAGUAUAUUUAAAACUAGUGGGCUAAACUGAUUAUAAUAAAUAUUGAUAAAUUUUAUGUUUCAGUCAGAAUUUGAAAAUGUUGGCAUUAAAGAUUUACUUAAAAUCAACCGUCCAGAAUGGCCAUGGCUAUUAAUGGGUUUCACAGGCUGUGCUUUAACAGGUGCUAUUAUGCCAAUUUUUGCAAUUUUUUAUGGACAAGUGUUUGCUGUAAGUAUUGUCGAACAAUUAUAUUUACAAUAAAUAUCAUCUGUUAAUUUUUUGCUUAGACAUUUACACUUAAAGGUGAUGCAUUACUAAAAGAAGCAGCUUUUUGGUCUAAAAUGUUUAUUGUAUUGGCUCUACUAUCUGGAUUAGCCUGGUGGAUGCAGGUAAACUAAUUAUACAUUUUAAAAAAAAUAUGUACAUUUCAUUUUUACAUGCUAUUUGUAUAGACUCUUGGACUUACUAGUGCUUGUGAGAAACUCAUUAUGCGAAUGAGAGUACAAGCCUUUGAAAAUAUACUACGCCAACCAGUAUUUUGGUUUGAUUUGAAAAGUUCAUCACCUGGUAAUCUUGUAACAAGAUUAGCUAGAGAUGCUCCACUUGUAAAAUCUGUAAGUAAUCAAAUUUAAAUUUAAAAAAAUAUACAGAACUAUUAUUAUUGUUUCAUUAGGCUGGUGGUUUAAGAGCUGGUCAAGUAAUAUCAGCAUUUGUAACACUGUCAGCUGCAUUGAUAAUUGCUUUCAGUUUUGGUUGGAAAUUAGCCAUUGUAUUAGUAUUAGGUGUGCCAAUAAUUGCUGGUGCUGCUUAUAAACAACUAAUGCUGGUAAGAAAAAGUCAAAAACGAGAUUCUGAAUGUAUGGAUGAAUCUGGCCGGGUAAGAAAGAUUUUAUUAUUAAAUCUUAAAAUAUAAUAGUACUUUACUUUAAAUAUAAUGAGUAUAAUUCAAAUAUUAGUGAAAUCCACUGUUUAUCCCAUUUGUAUAUUUUUAUAAAUGUAUUUUAGAUUGCAUCUGAAACAGUUUCAAGUAUAAAAACAGUUCAAGGUUUAGCACAAGAGUUAAUGUUUGUAGAACAAUAUGAAAUAAGUCUAGAAGAUCCAUUUAAAUCAGCUAAGAAACAAGCCUUAUCAUAUGCCUUUAUGUAUGCUGUUUCUCAGGCAGUUAUUUAUGGAAUGUAUUCAGUUGCUUUUAGAUAUGGAGCAUAUCUUGUAGAAAUUGGAGAAAUGUCUGCCACAGAUAUUUACAGGUACCUAAUACAAAUGAUUGAUAAUAAUUAUAUCUUAUAAGCAAUGCUAUAUAAUUCUCCUCAGUGUUGCAGUUCAAAUAAUUACUUAUAAUUUUAUUUUCUUAUUAAAUUUAUUUUUUAGAGUGUUUUUUGCAUUGGCAUUUUGUGCUGCAUCUGUUGGUCAGUCAUCAGCUUAUCUUCAAGAUUAUGCUAGAGCAAAAAAUGCAGCACUCCUCAUGUUUCAAUUAAUUUGGAGAAAGUCUGAAAUUGAUCCGCUAUCAAUUUCAGGAUCCAAACCUGUAAGAUCAUACUCAAAUGAAAUACUUAUAAUGAAUAUAUCAACUACAGUGCAAAUAUAUUCAUAAUUUGUGUGUAAAACUUUAGGAAAUCAAUGGAAAAGUACACUUUAAAGAUGUGAGAUUCAAAUAUCCAUCUAGACAAAAUGUACGCGUUUUGCGUGGACUUAAUUUUACAGUUGAGCCAGGCAAAACAUUGGCAAUAGUAGGAGAAUCUGGAUGUGGUAAAAGUACAGUUGUAUCUUUACUUGAAAGGUUCUAUGAUCCUUUAAAAGGAGUUAUUGUAAGUUAAUUUAUACUAUAAAAUAUAAGAUACUAUAUAUAGAAUAAUAAAUAAUAAUAUUGAAGAUAAAUUUAAUUUAAUUCAGGAGGUUGAUGACCACGAUAUAAGAGGAAUGAAUUUAUAUCAUCUAAGAAAACACAUUGGACUUGUUACUCAAGAGCCAGUAUUAUUUAACUGUUCCAUAAAAGAUAACAUAACAUAUGGAGUAGAUGAUAGAGAGGUUACUAUGGAUGAAAUAAUUGAUGUUGCAAAAAAAGCAAAUAUUCAUAGUUUUAUUACAACUUUAGCUCAAGUAAAUUAUAACUUAUAUUUUUUAAUAGAUACUUACCAUAUUUUAAAGAUUUUUUAGAUAAUUAUUGAAUAUUUUUUUAGAGAUAUGAUACAUUAGCUGGGGAUCGUGGAAAUCAACUUUCUGGUGGACAAAAACAACGAGUAGCUAUUGCACGUGCAUUAAUAAGAAAUCCUAAAAUCCUGUUAUUAGAUGAAGCUACGUCAGCUCUAGACACUGAAAGUGAAGCAGUAAGUUAAUUUUUUUCUGGAAUAAGCACAUUCUUUUAUAAUGUUUAAUUAUAUCAAGGUUGUACAAGAAGCAUUGGAUGAUGCUCGUAAAGGUCGUACUUGUAUUGUUAUUGCUCACCGCCUUUCUACAAUACAAUCAGCUGAUUCUAUUGCUGUUGUCCGCAAUGGGAAAAUUGUUGAACAAGGCAAUCAUGAAGAACUAAAAGCCAAAAAAAUGUAUUAUUAUGAGUUAAUUAAACGCCAAGAAGAAUCAUCUAACCAGUCUCAACUUUAAAAGUAUUUUAUUAUUAGACAUAUUUCAUGUAAUAUAAUGAAAAUAAUAAUAAUUUAUUUUUAUAAUUAUUCUUUAUUUAAUUUUACAAUAUAAAUUAGUUUAGGCUUUUUUUAUAUUAUAUUUAUACUUUUUGCUUAAAAACAUAUAUUAUUACAAUUUUAUAAUAAAUUAUUUUUACUUCCUUAUAUUUGUAUCCAUAAAUUUAAUUCACUUAAUUUAUGUAUGAAUAAUGGUUUACAUUAUUUUUUUUUUUUUCUAAUACCUAAAAUACUUUUGUAUAAAUAUAUUGAUAAUUUAAAAUUUACAUAGAGUAAAUGGGUUGUGUAAUGAUAUUUUUAAGAGAAAUUAGUUAUAUUUUUAAUUUUGCAUCACAAGAAAAUUGAGUAAUACUGAAAUAGAUUAUAAAUAAACAUACUUGCUUAAUAUAACUCCAUUAUAAACUAUAAGAGUACUAUUUAACAUUGAGAAAGUGAUGAGUCAUUAACUUAUCAAGCUCGUAAACCCUUUAAGCAUAUUAGUUAUUAGUUUUUAAACUAAUUAGUUACUAACUUGAUUACUCCUAUUUCUGUUAAAACAGUUAUUGAUUUUGAUAUGUUUUGUUUUGAUAUUAAUGACUUGAUUGCAGACUACAAUGUUUUGACAUAAUCUAAUAAGGCAAUGUAGAAUUAGAACAUCCAUAGUUAACUAUUUUUUAACAAUUUGUUUAACUCUACAGUAAGAUAACACAACAAAUUAUUGUGUCUUUCAUCAGCUUUAAUGUAAAACAAAAUAACAAAAGAUGUUUAUUACAAUUAAUUAUAAUAUUAUAGUUAAAUUUUGUAUUGGUCUUUAAUAAUAAACCUUUUUAAAUUCCCUCUUGAAUUUUAUUUUUGAACUGUUAUUUUGCAAUAAUAAUUAAGAGAAUUCUAUCACAAAUUUAAAAAAAUAUAGAUAUUUAGUUAUUAUUUUUAAUUUAAUUUAGUAUUUAAAAUAAAAAAAAAAGACUGACAUACUUCACACGCAGGUGUAGCCACUGUUGUAGAUGGGAAGUUGGGAAGGUAGCAUAUAGAAGGGAAUUUAAUGUAUAUCUGUAAACAAUGAUAAACUAUUGCUAACAAAAAACGAUUCUGAGCACAGUUCAGUUGAUAGUAAUGCUUUGUCAACAAUCUAUUUGUCAAAUAGUAAAAUAAUUAAAUAGGCAUUAUAUAUUUUCUUCAAUAAUAUUUAUUUAAUAUUGUACCAAUUUUACCAUUUUUUCCCCUAGUUUUCACAUUUGCUGAAAAAACUUGAGAAAAUUGAAAAAUUAUUUCCUAAGAGUACCUUCCCAGUAAGAUUUCCAUUCAGAAGAAGUGCUAUCAUUGUAAAUCUGACCGAAAUUGCUGGUAGAAAAGUUAUCCACAGAAAAAAAAAAUUCAUAUUAUUUUACUAAUAUAUUAGGUAAAUUUUCAAGUUUUUAUUUUCAGUUUUUCACAUUUGAUAAGGAAACUCUUGAGAAAAUCGAAAAAUGACCUCUUUAAAGUACAGCCCUAAGAAAAUUUCUUAACAAAAAAGGGUCUGCAUUGUAUACAUAGUAAGCUUUUUCAUAGUGUUCACAUAAAAAAAAAAUUAACAUCUUUUUAAAACCAAUACAUUUUCUGCUACAUUCAAAAUCUAAUAAAACAACAACUAUUAAUAACAGAGCUUUCUCACCAGAGUUCAGUUUUCUCCAACCUAUUUUGUAUAAUAGAAAUAUUCUUUGCAAAACUAUUAAAUAACUAAAGAC